AUGAUUGCUAUAGACGGGUUUAAACUAUUCAGGAAUGAUCGUAAUCGACACGGGGGCGGAGUAUGCAUAUAUGUGAAAAAUAAACUAACAAAAUUUCUGCUGCUGGAGAUCCAGUGUGGUAUUGAUAAGAUUCUUUUAGGGGUGUACUACAACCCUCCGAAUGUAGAUUGCUCGGAAACACUUCUAUAUCAUUUCGAUGAAUAUACUGUCAAGUAUAAUUCCACAUUUUUCCUGGGUGACUUCAACACAGACCUGCUAAAGCACACUGAUUUCAAGUGGGACAAAGAAAAACUAAUGGAACGAUUCUACGAUGGCGACCAGGAAAAGCUGUUCAAGGAUGCGCACGUAAUCAACCCAUUUCGAAAACCGAGCACAGUCAGUAAGCCAAAGAUCAAAAAGUCUGGAACGGAGGAUUGUGAGAUUUGUUAUUCGUCAUUUCCCCCCAGUAUGAUGACUGGGUUGGAAUGCGGUCACCGUUUCUGUAAGCAAUGCUGGCAAGAGUACCUGACUACCAAGAUCGUCGAAGAGGGACUGGGCCAGUCAAUUGCAUGUGCGGCUCAUGGGUGCGAUAUCCUUGUGGACGACGUGACCGUAAUGCGGUUAGUGCAGGACCCGCGUGUCAAGCUCAAAUAUCAGCAUCUGAUCACGAAUAGCUUUGUUGAAUGUAAUCGUCUCCUGCGCUGGUGUCCCUCGGUGGAUUGCAACUAUGCGCUCAAAGUGCAGUAUGUCGAUCCCCGUCCGGUCGUGUGCAAGUGUAAUCACGUGUUUUGCUUCGAGUGCGGCGAGAAUUGGCACGACCCAGUUCAGUGCCGUCUACUGAAAAAAUGGAUUAAAAAGUGCGAUGACGAUUCGGAGACGUCCAACUGGAUCGCCGCCAACACCAAGGAGUGUCCGAAAUGCAAUGUCACGAUCGAAAAGGAUGGUGGCUGCAAUCACAUGGUAUGUAAAAAUCAAAACUGCAAGUACGAUUUCUGCUGGGUUUGCUUAGGAUCUUGGGAACCUCACGGUUCAUCUUGGUAUAACUGCAAUCGUUACGAUGAGGACGAGGCACGCGCAGCACGUGAUGCUCAAGAAAAGUUUAGAUCGUCUUUGGCAAGAUACCUGCAUUACUACAACCGUUACAUGAACCACAUGCAAUCGCUGAAGUUCGAACACAAAUUGUACGCUUCGGUUAAAGCCAAAAUGGAAGAAAUGCAGCAGCAUAAUAUGUCAUGGAUUGAGGUUCAAUUCCUGAAGAAAGCUGUGGACAUUCUCUGCCAGUGCCGCCAAACGCUCAUGUGCACCUAUGUGUUUGCUUACUACCUGCGAAAAAAUAAUCAAUCGCUUAUCUUCGAGGAUAAUCAGAAGGAUCUAGAAACGGCCACGGAGAAGCUUUCCGAGUUCUUGGAACGAGAUAUUACGUCGGAAAAUCUAGCCGACAUCAAACAGAAAGUACAAGACAAAUAUCGGUACUGCGAAAAGCGUCGGAAGGUGUUGUUAGAUCACGUGCACGAAGGCUAUGAAAAAGAUUGGUGGGAUUACACCGAUUGAUAAAAUAUUUUCAUCGACGACGACGGGGGUUUCCCUCCCGGGAUUCUCCAAACAAGUAGAAUCCAUAUUGGCACACACUCAAAAUCGAAUGAGUGAUGGUGAGUCAGGAAAAAAAAACGCAAAAAAAUGUAAUAGAAAAAUCAAAUAUUGGCG